UUUUUCUUUUCUUUCAUUCCCAUUCCUUUUGUUUGUCUUAUUCACUAUUCCAUCACAACACUCCACUGCAACUGAUACUUUGACACAAUCCCAACCAAUCUCAGCCGGACAAACUCUCACCUCCUCUAGCCAAAUCUUUGAGUAAGGUUUCUUCAUUCCAAGCAAUUCCAGUAAGCAAUAUGUUGGGAUUUGGCACAAGAACAUACCAAUACAUGAUCGAAAAGUCGUAUGGGUGGCAAACAGAGAGAAUCCACUUACAGUUACAGCAACAGACUCUGCCUCUUCAAGUCUAACAAUUGGUAAAGAUGGAAAUCUGAGCCUACUUGAUGGCAUGAACAACACUGUCUGGUUGACAAAUGUUUCUGUCCAUUCUAACCACUCAAUUGCAAUGCUUUUAGACAAGGGAGACCUUACUCUUAAAGAUAGUGUGUCGGGAUUGAUCUUGUGAGAGAGUUUUAACUAUCCUUAUGACACUUUUUUACCGGGAAUGAUGCUAGGAAUGAACACCAAAACAUGAGAGGAACGCUUCAUGUCUUCCUGGCUGACCAAAGAUGACCCAUCUCCUGGAAAGUUUGUUUGCGGGUUUUCAAUGGACACACCACCGCAGGUUUUCAUUUGGAAUGGUUCCAAACCAUACUGGAGAAGCGGUCCAUGGGACGAAUCGAAGUUUAUAGGGGUACUGGACAUUGAGAAUGCCUACGGCGAUGGAUUUAACCUCAAACACGAUAAUCAGCAGGGAAGUGUGUAUAUGGCAUGGCAUGUUUACAACACCUCUUAUGCCCACUUUAUGUUCAUAACACUAGAUGGAACUUUGAAGAGAAUGUUUAUGGAUGAACAAGUCAAGAACCCGUAUGUUUCUUGGAUGGUUCCGGUCAAUAGAUGUGAUAUUUAUGGGGUUUGUGGACCUUUUGGGGUUUGCAAUAAGAAUAAGUCUCCAAAUUGUGAGUGCUUGAAAGGGUUUGUACCAAACUCAAUUGAGGAUUGGAAGAAAGGAAAUUGGGCAGGUGGUUGUGUGUGGAAAAGUGAUUUGCUAUGCCAAAAGAACACUAGCAACUUAGCAUCAUCAGGAAAGGCUCAAAAUGAUGGAUUUUGGAAGUUGAGAAGUAUGAAGCUGCCGGAUCAUUUUGAAUAUUUGUACACCGAGGAUUCCUCAGGUUGCCAACAAUGGUGCUUGAGUAACUGUUCUUGUGUGGCAUAUGCAUAUGUGACUGGAAUUGAUUGUGUGGUUUGGACUGGAGGGCUUAUUGAUGUUCAGCAGUUUUCACUUGCGGGGAAGACCUCUACCUUCGCCUUUCGUAUUCAAAGCUGGGUGGAGAGCAAAUCAAAAAGGUAA